AUGGGAAAAAAGAGGCCCACCCUAAAAGGCACCGUCCAGCGCGGGUAUGCCACUACCUCGACCCCCAAGAAAGUGCAGGAUCCACCUCCAGCAGCAGCAGCGAAAAAGCCUGCAACCACCAAGACCGCCAACUCAGCAGCUGCAGUCGAUUACGAAAAGAUCAACGACGAAAGCCUUGCAGUCAACCUUUCUGCGGCCAAGUCGACCGGUGCCGACGGAAAGCCGGGCGGAGCUGAUCACUUCGACCCUGAAAAGGAGGAAGAGCAGGUGCUCCAAAACCUCGUCGACAAGCUUCAGGACAGGGUCGAGAAGGAAGUCUCGCGCCAGCACAAAGCUAUCGAGUAUGACCGGAGACUUGCUAAGACACUGCCCAACUUCGAGAUGGAUCCGGAGCUACGUGAUCAGGUGCUCGAGGUUGCAGCUGACCUCGGCAAGCAGGCGAAGGCGGCAGCAGCACCCUUGAACGCAUGCACUGGAGCACAGGACACAGAAGCCCCAUCAGCCAACCUGAGCAGCCCUACAAACUCUACCGCUACGCCAGUCACCGCCACCUCAGGUACCACAACACUCUCGGGUAGCGCAACACCAAUCAGUAUCGGCUCUUCGCAUACCCCUCUGGCCAUGGCUACCCUGACAAAGGAUCUGCAGAAGCUGUCGGUCAACAACGCCGGAUGUUCUGGAGCAGCUUCAUCUUCCACCUCAGCAUGGACUGAGUCCGAAGACAAAGUCAUGACCAAAGCACUGACCACCUACCAGAUCCUCCUCAAGCUGGGCUUCUCGUCAGCACAGGUCGAAGACGCGCUCUCGAACGCUCUCUCUCCGGACGUUGAAGAAUGCUUGUCGUACCUGUAUCUGGCUCUCAAUGAAGAGUCGUUGGAGGAUGCCAUUCGAGCUGGCGAGGGCAAAGCAGCUAAAAAGCGACGCGGCAAAGAGACCAACAAGAAGGACUUCCCAUCGCUCAACGGUGCGGCUGAUGACAAGGAUGAGGAUGAGGAUGAUGACGAAUACGAUGAGAGCCGACCGCCAGUAUACCACGGCUACGAUUUCACUCGAGUAGAAUCACUUGGCAAGAACAAUUUCGCACGCAAUGAGCAGGCAGGCCCCACCAAGGCUAUUCCAGGAGCAGCUUCACCAGGGCCCACACCAGCCGCUUCUGCAGCGACAAUAGCAUCCAAAGUUGCACCUCGGACUUCUAAGCCCAAGGUCGACCAGGAGAAGGUAGACACCCUUAAGAAGUCGUGCGAGCGCCUAAUCCUGCGGCUCAGUGAUGACCUCGACUCGAAUCAAAUCGACACACUUGAAAAGCCCACUGCAACGUGGUCGAUCCUGCGGGCGAUGCAGAUUCGCAUCGAUCAGGAAAAGUCCAAGUGGAAGAAAGAGCUCGGCAAGGACGGCGAAUCACAAAUGAAGCAAGAAGAUGCCAGACUCGAAAGGGUACUUGGCCGCACCAAAGACUUCAUGCGCGAGUGCGAGCGCGGUGCGUUCUUCGACCAGAAGUCUGCCACGAAUGGCUUCCGACAGGUGCUUCGUCAGCGAGAAGAGAUCGAGAAGCAGCUCAAAGCGGCAGAGGAGGAAGAGGAGAAGAAGCGUCAGCAGCGACGACGAGAGAUUGAGGCAGCUGCUGGCAUCGAGUCCGCUUCUCCAGCAACAGUAGAGGCAGCUCCGGCCGACAAUGCAGAGUCAAAGGAUAAGGCGCCGACUUCCACGGAGGGAAAGCAGGAAAGCGAGUCUCCUGACAAAGGGGAGGACGACAAGCCAGAUGAGAAGAAGUCAGAUGCUGGCUCCGAUGAUGAAGGCGGCAUGUUCGGUGACUUGCUCAAUGAAGGCCCCAUCGAGGACAAAGACGCCGACACCGGUGUGACCGUCACCGUGCGUGACCUGCCAGCACGAGCAAAGAGUGGUGAUGGAGGCAAAACGCCUCGUGUCAUGCUCUCGGAUGCUCUUAAGCGAGCUGACCCGUAUUCGACGUACAAGUUCACCGUCAUCCCCUCGGGUGGUCGUCUGCACCGCAGCAAGCUCACUAUCCGAUGGAACGGAGGUAAAGUCGUUCCCAACAAGACCCCUAUCAGCAUCGGCAUACCAUCUUACGUCGACGAGUACACGCUCACAGCUGUCGGAUGCGCGACCCAGCUUCAGUCGGACGACUUUGUCGCCACGGUAGCGCUCUUCUGCAUCGACCGCGACAAAUCGGUCCAGCGCGCACUGCCUCCUGGCUAUCGCGAAUGGUGGGAGGAACUCACCAACCUGCAAAAAGAUGAGCGAGACCGAAAGAGCCGUACUCGCUUUCAGCGUGUGCGUGAUGUUGUUCGUGUCAGGAUGGAGGAGGCUGCAGCGGCCAAGAAGGCAAAGGGAAAGACUGCACCUGGCAACGCUUCUGCAGCAGCGGAACAGACCGAAUUGGGAGAGUUGUCGGCUGCUUCUGCACCCCAACCGUCCGAGGCGCGGGCCAAAGAGAUUGCCGAGUACUUUAGCAACCGCAUUGCAUCACCUUCGUACCAAAAGAUGCUUCCGGGUCGUCAGAGCUUGCCCAUCGCCAACCAUCGCCAGGAGAUUCUCGACCUCGUCGAGAAUAAUCAGAUCUUCGUCCUCAGUGGUGAGACUGGCUGUGGUAAAUCGACUCAGGUGCCCGCCUACAUUUUAGAGCACUGCAUGUCACAAGGCCGCAACUGCAAGAUCUACGUCACCGAGCCUAGGCGUAUCUCGGCCAUUUCUCUCGCUGAGCGUGUCAGUGAGGAACUGGGUGAGCCACGCAAGAGUGUCGGCAGCAACGACAGCUUGGUCGGCUACGCGAUCCGACUCGAGAGCAACGUCGGCAAGAAUGCGCGCCUGGUCUACGCUACAACAGGUAUCGUCCUGCGUAUGCUCGAGGGAACAGCCUUCAACGAAAUUACACACGUCAUCAUUGACGAGGUGCAUGAACGAUCGAUUGAGUCCGACUUCUUGCUCGUCAUUCUCAAGACACUCAUUGCGCACCGAAAGGAUCUCAAGGUCAUUCUCAUGUCUGCUACUGUCGAUGCUGAGCGCAUCAGCAAGUAUUGUGGUGGGUGCCCGACUAUUGCUGUUCCUGGUCGCACGUUCCCUGUCAACGUUCAUUACCUGGAAGAUGCCGUUGAGAUGAGCGACUACAUCAUCGAGGACGACUCACCAUAUGCAUUCCGACCCAAGCGCGGCUAUCGCGAUGGCAACGCACGCAAACAGAACGCUCCUGGCAACAAGAGUAAGUUGCAGCUUCUUGCUCAAGCACCAGCGCCAGAAGAAGAUGAUGAUCCUGCCCUGCUUGACGAUGACGACAAUGACCCUGACGGCCAAGGUUCUAGCAUGGGCAGUCUCGGCAAAGCCUAUCGCAGCAAGACGAUCGACACGCUCGGGAGGAUGAACGAGUACGUCAUCAACCAUGAUCUCAUCAUCAAGAUCCUUGAGCGGGUAUGUCUCGAAAAGGAUCUGGAGUCGUUCAGCGCGGCUACACUCAUCUUCAUGCCUGGUCUUGCAGAGAUUCGCAAGUGCCACGACAUGCUUGUCGAUCACCCCACUUUCGGUGGACCUGGCUUCCAGCUUUUCCCACUGCAUUCGACUAUCUCGUCAGAGAACCAAGGCGCUGUCUUCAACGUGCCACCUCCUGGUGUGCGCAAGAUCGUCAUCGCCACCAACGUUGCCGAGACCGGUAUCACCAUCCCCGAUAUCACCUGUGUGAUUGACUCAGGCAAGCACACAGAGAUGCGAUACGACGAGAAGCGACAAAUUUCACGCCUAGUCGAAUGCUUUAUCGCCAGGAGCAACGCUAAGCAGCGACGCGGUCGUGCUGGUCGUGUGCAGGAAGGUAUCUGCUUCCACCUUUUCACCAAGUAUCGUCACGACUCGUACCUCGAUGAGCACCCGUUGCCGGAGAUGCUGCGUUUGUCGUUGCAAGGUCUUGCACUCAAGCUCAAGAUCAUGAAGAUCAAGAUCGGCAACUCGAUCGAGAAUGCACUCUCGCAGGCUCUUGAACCGCCGAGCCCGGCUAAUGUGCAGCGUGCCAUUGCCGCACUUGUUGAGGUAAAGGCGCUGACAUCGAAGGAAGAAAUCACACACCUGGGUAGACAUCUGUCCAAAAUGCCACUCGAUGUGCAUAUGGGCAAGUUCCUACUCGUAGCAACUCUAUUCAAGUGUCUCGACCCAGCAUUGACGAUCGCUGCAGCGCUCAACUCCAAGUCACCCUUCAUGACACCCUUCGGUAAGGAGCUGGAAGCAGAUCGAGCCAAGCAAAGCUUCAAGCUUGGCGACUCGGAUUUCCUCACCAUCGCCAACGCCUUUAACGGCUUCCGACGCAGUACAGCUCAAAACCACCACCGUACCUUCUGCAACCGCAGUUUCCUCAGCAUCCAAAACCUGCUUCAAAUCGAAGAGCUUCGCCAGCAGUACUUUUCAUACCUCAUCGAUGCCGGCUUUGUCUCUGUCGACGAUGCAUUCCGUCAAGAACUCGACAAACUUCGCUACCGUUCCGGUGGAUCCGCCAACUACUCCAAACUUCGAUUCAUGACCAUCCCUGCAUAUCUUGACGUCAAUUCCUCCUCUCUCGCCAUGAUCCAUGCCACCCUAGCAGCCGGUCUAUACCCCAAACUCCUCAACAUCGAUUCCAAAACUUACCAGCUCAAAACGAUCGGUAAUAAUCAACCCACUUCCAUCCACCCCUCUUCCGUCAACUUCAAAACGAAAAUGAGCGAAUUUGUUAGCAGCUCAAGCUCUUAUAUGCUCUACUACACCAUGAUGCAGAGUAAGAAGUUGUAUGCAUGGGAGACAGGUUGGACGGACGAUAAAGCGGUGUAUAUGCUUUGUGGUGAUGGAGAGUUUAGAUUGUCGAGUAAUAGUUUGUAUAUUGACAGGCAGAGGAUUAGGAUCGCCAGCGCGGAUCCGAAGACUCUUGUGGCGCUAAAGACAUUGAGGGAGGGAUUGGGGAGGUUGAUGAAGGCUAGCUUUAGGAACCCAGGGAAGGAAUGGAGUGAAGGGCAAGAGAGAUUGUUUGAGUUGGCGCGUAGAAUGCUGGACGUGGGGGCGAAUGAGAAGGAUUUGGCGCUACAGCAGUAG